CAACUUAAAAAUCGCCCAACAGGGACGGAAUAAAGCUAACUAAAGCUGCGGAAUCGAUCACAGCACAACUUCCUCUGUACACCAUUCCCUUUCAACUUCAUUUCCCAUCUCCAUCUUCUUUCAUGUCCCCGAACAAUACCUAUAUUCUUCUUCUUCUUCUUCUUCUUCCUUCCUCUUCAAAACAAAGCAACCAAGAAAACACCAGAGAUGGGCUGCUUCAGGUGUGGAACCUCCAAAGCUUCCAUGAGAACAUCUUCAUCGUCUGAACCUGCUCUUUCGUCAAACCGAGAGCACCCAUAUCCACAGCCACAAGCCAGAGCCCUGAGGCAAGAAGCCCUCCUCACAAUCCCAUCAUGCACAGUCCACUUGAUGGAAGAAGGGGAGGCCCUGGAGCUCCUUCCGAGCGGCGAGUUCACGCUCCUCCGGAUCUCGGACGAGAACGUCCCGCUCGCCACGAUAGUGAAAGUCGGGGAUGAUCUUCAGUGGCCUCUCACCAAGGACGAGCCCGUGGUGAAGCUGGACCCUCUGCACUACUUGUUCACUUUGCCUGUGAAAGAUGGUGACCCUCUGAGCUACGGAGUGACUUUCGCGGAGACGUACGGUGGCGGUUUGAGCUCACUCGACGCGUUUCUUCAGGAGCAUUCUUGCUUCUCUGCUUCCACGACUUCCUCGCGGAACAAGAACAUUAAUUGGAAGGAGUUCGCUCCUAAGGUUGGGGAUUAUAACAAUGUGUUGGCCAGGGCAAUUGCAGGAGGCACCGGUCAGAUUGUUAAAGGGAUAUUCAAAUGCAGUAAUGCUUACACUAACCAGGUUCAUCAGGGAGGCGAGAUGAUUAUCACCCGUGCGGCGGAGAAUAGUAACAUCACCUAUCCAGAGUACACUACCAACGGAAGUACGACCACCAAAAAGAAAAGCGCAAUCAACAGAAACUUGAAACGCGUGAGAAAGGUGUCCAAGAUGACGGAGAAGAUGAGCAAAACAAUGCUUGAUGGGGUUCAAUUUGCCACUGGCUCAGUGAUGGCGCCGGUAGUUAAGUCCCAAGCCGGGAAGGCAUUUCUGGCAAUGGUUCCAGGAGAAGUCCUAUUAGCUUCACUCGAUGCCGUCAACAAAGUUCUAGAUGCAGCCGAAGCUGCUGAAAAGCAAGCAUUCUCUGCAACCUCCAAAGCAGCUACACGAAUGGUCAGCCAGAGAUUUGGAGAGAGCGCGGGAGAGGCGACAGAAGAUGCGCUGGCGACUGCAGGCCACUGCGCUAGUACUGCUUGGAACAUCUUCAAGAUCAGAAAGACCAUCAACCCGGCAUCAUCGGUCUCAUCUGGAGUGCUGAGAAAUGUCGCUAAGGUCAAGAGUGCCAAGUCUUCCAAGCUUUAAGAAGUGUAACUAGUCACUGAACAGAUUGACUGGUCCCAGGAUUUGUUGAAAAAGUUGUAUUAAUGAACUAGUCAUGAUAUUAUAUCCCCACGCUAACAAUUCGUGCGCGGAUGAUUGUUGAGCC